AUGGGAGACGAUAGUACAGUGUUAAACGAAUUAGUUAUUGCUAAGGAAAACAUUAAACGUAAAUUUGAAGCAUUAAAAAGAGGUGAUGCCGAUAUUCAAUCUUAUGUAUCACAAACAUUUAAACCAAUAAUCGAGCCUCUGAACAAAUUACAUCACCAAUCGCCAACACCACAAACUUCCGAAGCAGGUAAUGAUAAUGACAUUUCUAAUGCAGUUGAAGAUUUAGCUACCGAUAAUCGGACGGGAACUUACCGGUCAUUAGAAGAAUGUCAUGAAGAAGUAAAAUUUAAAAACAAUGAAAUAAUUAUCAAUGAUUCAUCUUAUCAGCUAACACCGGGGCUUGUUGAGUUAUUGUUUUCUAGAUAUCCAAUGCAAUAUACUGAUAGUGAUUUAAAUACAUAUAAAUCAAUACUUAUUCAAACAUCGGCACAUUUAACGCUGGACGGUACAAAAAUUAAGCAAGGUGGUGCAAAGUAUAAACAAAUUAUUUCAAUCGAACUUCACAGACCGGCUAGGAAAAAUUAUACAAGACGAACAGUAAAUGUGUACGGAAAAAACGAUUUAUGGCAGGCAGACUUGGUCGAGAUGAUACCACUUUCAAAGAAAAACAAUGGAUACAAGUAUAUUCUCUGUGUGAUUGACUGCUUCACGAAAUUCGCCUGGGCUAUUCCAUUAAAAACAAAAACGGCUUGUGAAGUGACCGGUGCCAUGUCAAAAAUACUUAUUGAUAGAUCACCAAAACUGCUGCAGGUGGACAAUGGAAAAGAAUUUUAUAAUUUAAAAUUCGAUACGUUAAUGACAAAGUACAAUAUAAAAAAGUAUAGCACCUAUUCUACAACAAAAGCCUGCUUUGUUGAAAGGUUUAAUCGCACUCUGAAAACAAACAUGUAUAGAGAGUUUACUGCUCGAGGUUCACAUAAAUGGAUAUCUAUUUUACCCAUGCUGAUAGAUAAUUACAACAAUACAAGGCAUAGAACGAUCGGUAUGACACCAUUGCAGGCAGAAGAAAAUCCUUCACUAGUGAAUUUGAAACAACGCGCAAUCACAAAUAAAAAAGUAAAAUUUUGUGUUGGCGAUAAAGUUCGAAUAAGCACUCACAAAGGAGUUUUUUCAAAAGGAUUUUUACCCAAUUGGUCAACAGAAAUAUUCACAAUAGUAAAAAUAAACAAAACAAUACCGCCAACUUAUCAGUUACAUGAUUAUAAUGAUGAUCCAAUAGCCGGUUGUUUUUAUAACGAAGAGAUAUCUAAAACAAAUUAUCCUAAUGAUUAUUUAAUCGAAAAAAUUGUACGAAAGAAGGGGAAUCAGAUAUAUGUCAAGUGGGUGGGAUUUGACGAUUCUCAUAAUUCAUGGAUAAAUAAGAGAGAUAUUAAAAAAUAGUUCCAGUGCUAGCUCAGAAGUGAAUCUGUUCGGUACAUAAAAUUAUUAAUU